UACAGCGGGAGCGAAAACGAGCUUUUUUUUAGAGAGAGAGAGAGAGAGAGAGAGAGAGAGAGAGAGGAGGAGGAGGAGGAGGAGGUGAGGAGAGAGAAAAAGAGGGGCAAAUGGUAUAUCCCCUCGCCUCUCUCUCUCUUUCCCUCAGGUGAAUCCCCUUUGGAAUUUCUCAUCCCCUUUUUGUUAAUUUCUAACAGGAGAUUCCCAGAUCCGCCGCUUUUGUGAGCUCAAUUUGAAGCAUCUGGUUUGAAUUUUGGAUUCGCGGGGUUUUAGUUCGAAUUUGGUUCGAAUUCGGGGUUUCUUUUAGAGUGUUUCUUCGAGUUUUUUUGAUCGGAUCGGGGGAUCGAAGCGGCUUCGCCGGGAUUGGAGCAUCCGUGCAAUGCAUGUUUGAUUUGAUGAGCUGCAGGCAUUGAUCUUCUGAAAUUUUACGUAACAGGAAAUGGGUAUCCCUGCUAAGUGGCUUCGGUCAUUAGUUGGUCUGAGAAAACCUGAGAAAUCACGGGAUCCAGAGGAUAAAAAUAAUAGCAUUGGUGAUGAUCAGUUGCUGCACCAUGGAAAAAAUUCUACUGGUCAGGAUGAGUUCAGUGUUGGUACUUCUUCGACCGGCAAUGGAGAUGCCCAAUCAAGCUCAAAUCCCAGUACCUCACUUCUUAUGCCAGUGUCUUCUCAAACUGAGCAUGAUGCGAAAGAGAACUGGGCUGCCACAGUUAUUCAAACCGCAUUUCGAGCUUUCCUGGCUAGACGAGCUUUACGAGCUUUAAAAGGAUUGGUUAGACUUCAGGCCCUUGUGAGGGGUCAUGCCGUCAGAAAACAAGCGGCAGUAACACUUCGCUGUAUGCAAGCUUUGGUAAGAGUUCAGGCUCGUGUCAGAGCAAGGAGGGUUCGCAUGGCUUUAGAAAGUCAGUCGGGCGAGGCAAAGAUUCAAGAACAAGAUCAUGAGGCCCAUAUUCGGGAGAUUGAGGAAGGCUGGUGUGACAGUGUUGGAUCGGUGGAGGAAAUACAAUCAAAAUUACUAAAAAGGCAAGAAGCUGCAGCGAAGCGUGAGAGAGCCAUGGCAUAUGCUCUAACUCAUCAGUGGCAAGCGGGUUCCAGGCAGCAGGCUACCUCUGCAGGGUUUGACCCUGACAAGAACAAUUGGGGCUGGAAAUGGCUAGAGAGAUGGAUGGCGGUCCGUCCAUGGGAGAACCGAUUCCUCGACAUAAAUCUUAAAGACGAAACGGCGGUGCAUGAGAGUGAAGAGGCUGAGGGAAGUGGAACUAAGACGCAGUACAAAACACCCGGAAAAAAACCCAUUUCGACUCUUCAUUCCAAUGUUCUGAACCAAAAGGUGGGCCCGUCGCACUCUGAGGGAAGUGGCUCUUCAUCAAGCCGUUCUGCAGGUGUGCUAGUGUCUUCUACCUCGAAGCUAAAGCCACGGUCCAAAGAGCUUUCUGAGGAAGCCAUCUCCCGACCUUCUGAACCUGGCACUCGGUCAUAUAGCAAUCCAAAAGAGAGGCCCGCACAACAAGAUUUACAAGCUAAAAGAAGACUAUCCCUGCCAAAAGGCGGUAUAGAAGCAGGAAAGCCUGUCAAGUCCGCGCUUCACCAGCCUCAAAAACCCAUCAAAGAUACUCCGAAAUCCGAAUUGAAAAAUGGCGUGAAGCCUCUCGAGCCUGCUCCGAAGAGAGUCGAACUACAAACCGGAUCUUGGGGUUGUGCUAUUUUGCAUUUUUAUGUGUUUAUAUUGUAUGGAUUGUCGCGGCUGAACAUUCUGAAAUUUCACUGGGAGAGAGAGCUUGUUCUGUUGCUAGAGCGGCGAAGACAGAGCGGUGUCGCCGCCGAUGCCCCCACUUUCCUCGCCUCCGAUUCCCCUAAGGCCGGGCUUUUCCGACGACGGCGCCUCUCUCGCUCCUCCCUGCCCUUCCCGUCUCUCCUUCUCCCUCCUUCUCUGCUGCCUCCGACGACNCCGUGCGCCGACGCGAGGAUCCAGCGGGGGGACGGGUUCACGUUCGGCGUCGCCUUCUCGAGCCGCGACGCCUUCUUCUUCAACCGGGCGCAGCAGCUCUCCCCCUGCGACAGCCGCCUCUCCCUCUCCUCCUCCGGCUCCGCCCAGCUCGCCGUGUUCCGCCCCAAGGUCGACGAGAUCUCCCUCCUCACCGUCAACACCACCUCCAACUUCGAUCCGGCCAAUGCUGGUGGAUACAUGGUAGCAUUUGCCGGUAGAAAGUAUGCAGCAAGGUCGCUCCCGGUGUUUGUCGCUAACAGCUCAUACACAGUGAGCGGCUUCACUCUGGUCCUCGAGUUCCAAAAGGGCACGCUUCAAAACCUGUACUGGAAAACGGACGGCUGUUCUUCAUGCUCGGGGCAGUCGUCUUUCGUCUGCCUCAACAAGCAGACCUGCGCGAUUAAAACGUCAAGCUGCAAGAGCCAGGGGGGCUCGGUCGAUUGCAGCAUAGGCUUACAGCUUGCGUUCUCCGGCACCGACAAGCACUCAUGGUACGAGGUGUCGAACCUCCGCCAGUACUCCCUCUACGGCCUAUACUCCAACCUCAGAGAUUCCCUCACCGGCCAGUUCAACAAGUUCUUCUAAUUUGUCUUCGGCGUGCUUCGUUGGGUUUUUUUUUUUUUUCUUUUCUUUUUCUUUUUUCCUGAUCAGUACUGCUUAUGUAAUAUGCUGUUGUAAUAUUUUAACAUGUUGAGAUACAUCUCUUUUGCUGCUAAAGUUUCUGUAAAUUUGGUGGACACUUUACUGUGGAUCUAUGUAUGGCUCGGCCAUAUUAAAAUUUAUUUGUUAUUGUGGCGUUUUAGAUGUCGUUA